UUUCACUCAAUAAAUAAAAGGUGAAGGCAGCCAGAAAAGGGACGUUUCUAGGGUUUUCUUUUCCUCUUCUUUAUAGAGACGCGUCUUCCGAUCGUCCUCUUCCUCCUCCUCUUCUAUCUUUUACAGUCCUCGAGCACGCAAGUAUAAGAAAUCAAUUUAAAUCUUUUUAGGGUGUUAAAUCCGUCUCGCGUUUUCAGUGAUAAAGUUUUUGAAAUAUUUUUCUUCAUUAGAUCUGAUUAAAUUUGUCAGUUACUGGAACCUAUUUGUGAAACUUUUUGAUUGAAGCAAUCAAUCUAUAAGAUAUGAAGCGACAGAGGAAAUCGAACAGGGUAACGUGGGCACCAGGUGUUAAUCUUUGUCAGGUAAAACUGUUUCUAACUGAGGAUUGUCCUUCUAAAAUUGGCACACAAUCUCAAGGUCAUCUUCAAAAGAAGUCAUCAUGGAUAUUGCAUCAUUCAAAUGGUGAUGAAUUCAGUGACGUUCCCCCUGGGUUUGAAUGCGGUCAUUCUUUGAAUCUUUUGAAAAAGGAAUCAUCUCUCAUCCCUAGGAUUGAAUGGAAGUGCCCUCCAAAACUUGUUAUGUGUCACAACUGGCAUGUCGCAGCUGGUGAAGAAAGCCGGGAGGCAGAGGCUCAAAAACUGAGGGAAAUGGAAGUGCUUGAAGCAGUUUUUCUGCGCCCUUCUGCAAUUCCUCAUAGUCCCUCAAUUUCAUUGGCCAUAGAAGGGGAACAUUAUGAUGAUAGCCACACUCCCAUCAUCCCUCUCACUCCUAUUGAAGAAGAGGCAGUGGCAGACUUACCAUCUGAUUUAUCUUCACCUUUGAACACUUCUGUAAACUCCCAGCCAUCAGCAUUGCCUCAGGAUUUGCUGCUGUCUGGAAUCCUAAAUCUUGCAGAAUAUAACAACCUUGCUCAAGAGCCACCAGCCAGUGAAAAACCAAUAGUUGGAAUAUCACCUGAUAUGGACGCUGAUGUAGUUACAGCUGCCUCUGCUGCAGCAACUGCUCUGAUGAAAAGCCUGGAGAAGGGAAGCUUGAUCGAUACUGAUUUGCUAGUUAAAAUCUUAAGUGACCCAAAAAUGAUUGAGAAACUGAUCAAUAACUGUCAAGCACCUAGCAUUGUGACCAGUGCAACCAUGAUUACAUCAAAGCCAGUAAAUAGAACAAUACUCCCAUCACGCCUUAAUCCUGCUAUGACUUCGGCUCUAACGCCUGCAGAAGGAAACUGGCAUAAUCUACGUGGUGGGUUGCAACCCACAUCGAAGCCUCCCCCAUCCUGCCUGAAAUCUACCAUACCUACAGCGCCAAUCCCUCCCAAUGGAUGUUUGCACUCUGCACUUGAUGAGAUGCUACCACCAGUCACUAGGAUGCCAGCACAACCGGACACUGAUCCAACAUCUAGAUCAAAGCAGGUUGCUCCAUCUAUCACUUUAUCCAGGCCAGAAUCCAUCAACGUGUCGGCAACUAGGCCGAGGGUAGCAAACUUGUAUUCUUCAACUAACCAGGUGCAGUCUACAGUGAGUACCGUGAAACCCAAUCCUGUACCCAAUGUGGUACUUCCUUCUUUAGGCAUGAUGGCUCUUCAGCCGAAUGGUGCUCCGCAAACUAAAGUAGUGGCCAUGAAAACCAAUCCUAUAAAGGAUUUCAACUACAUUAAGAACCUUAUUAGGGAACAUGGAUCGGAAAAGAAGGAAAUGCAUGAGCGAAAUAUGUUACAUACUGGCCUUCAUCAUGAGCACUUUCAAAACCUGGAAUUUGCACAAAAUAUGAAUCAGAGAGAAACGAUACCCAGGUUUCAGAAGCCGUGCAUAUUCUAUAGAAGCUCAAGGGGAUGCCGGAAUGGCUCUAAUUGCCCUUACCAGCAUGAUUUGUCAUUCCAGUUUCAAACUGGUGGCUCAAUGGAGGCCCCUGGUGCUAAGAGAAUGAAAUUGGGUGGGGAGAUUACAGGAUGAACGUAACCAAUUGUGGUUCACUUGGACUUGGCCUGAGGUGUAAAUAGUAGGGGGCUUUUGAACACCGUUUUGGUAUAGGUUUUGCACACGAACGGAGAAAGGGAGAGAAUUGAUAUUUCUGAAUUUUGAAAUUCUUUUAAAUUUUUAAACCCAACUCAAAGUAGUUUAAGGCAAAACUGUGGUUUAGAUUUGGAAUUUUGAAUUCCAAAUGCUUCCUUA